AUGACCUUGAAACAAUAUGGCUGCGCCCAUGAAAUUGGUCGAAUUUUGUAACACUCACGUUCUCACGCAGGAUGAAUAAAAGAAUGAACCUGUAAUUGAAAACUGUAAGCAUGAGGAUUCCAGCACAUGUAACUAAGUGUUUCAUUAGACUAACUCCAAUAUCUAGUAGACAUUACAGCAGCAUCAGUAGAAAAUAUUUGUGGAAAACAAAUGCCAACCGGGUACAUUCGUAUUCAACAAAACCAAAGGUUGCAGCAGCUACGUGUGAUACAGAUACAGACAAUGUGGAGAAAGCUGUCCAACAAGAACAGUUUGAGACAAAGGUGAUCCAAAUAAAAGUUCCGAGUGAUUUAUCAAAGUUCAGGGAUCAAAACCAAUUUCAUUCAGUUACAAAACAGGCAGCAGUGAAUAGUGAGACUACCUCGAAGAAGCUAAAAGAGGGAUCUAAUAUUCCAACUGAAAGUGAUACUCAGGAUUUUACUAUAUUCCUCAAGCACUGUGGUGUUAAAUUGGAUGUAGACAAUGGCAGACAAACAAAGGAAGUGGAAGUUAAGCUGCCAGAUGAGAAGAAACUUUUACAACUCUAUUUUGAUUAUGAUGAUGGUUUGAAGAUAGACAGUACAAGUCCGUCAAAACAUGUAGAAUCAGUAUCAGAGUAUACAUGGAGGGAGGUGAAAUUGGAUUACUCUAAACUGCCUCAGUAUUACAUGAAACUCUCCAAAAUAAGAUUGACUGGUUUGGUGGUUAUAACAACAAUGGCAGGCUAUGCUGUAGCUCCGGAUCCAUUUUACCUGAGCACAUUCCUUCUGUGUACUUUUGGUACAGCCCUCACUUCAUGUUCAGCCAAUGCUGUGAAUCAGUAUUUGGAAGUUCCAUUUGAUUCACAGAUGAACAGAACAAAGAAUAGGGUGCUUGUGCGUGGACAUCUCAGUCCGCUGCAUGCUGUAACAUUUGCUGUGAUAACUGGGUCAACAGGACUGGUGAUCCUCACCCUCGGUGUGAACCCUCUGACUGCGACUCUUGGAGCGUUUAACCUUGGUCUGUACACACUGGUUUAUACACCAAUGAAGAGAUACAGUAUAUUAAAUACCUGGGUUGGUUCCAUUGUUGGGGCUAUACCUCCAAUGAUGGGAUGGACAGCAUGCACAGGAAUGCUGGAACCAGGAGCUUUGUUAUUAGGAGCUAUUCUAUAUGCCUGGCAGUUCCCUCACUUUAAUGCAUUAAGCUGGAAUCUACGUCCUGACUAUUCUAGAGGCGGAUACAGAAUGGCGAGUGUAGUACGACCAGAGCUAUGUAAGCGUGUAGCUCUUAGAUACAGUAUAGGCAUGAUAGGACUGUGUAGCGCAGCUCCCCUCGUACAUCUAACAACCUGGACAUUUGCUGUCGAUUCACUGCCACUCAAUGUCUGGCUAGCUUACCUAGCCUGGAACUUUUACAGAAAAGGUGAUAGCAAUUCAUCAAGAAGACUUUUCCGCUUUACAUUAGUGCAUAUACCUGCACUCAUGAUACUGAUGCUCAUUGGCAAGAAAAGUGGACGUGAUAACAACAGUGAAAAUUGGCAAUUAUUACAAUCAUUUAAAAAUCUGAUAUCAGUGACUUGAUCACAAUCAAAGUGUUAAAGCAACUGUCUUUCUGUUGUGUCUCAGAAGCAGCCAUAUUUGGUGAGCAAAAAUAUGCAAAAUUAUAGAUUGGACUUACCCUGCAGAGAUGUGUACAUGUUAAUGAAAUCUUACAAAAAAUAUAUAACAUUGAGUUACAGAUGAUGAUUUAAACCGGAAUUCCGUGGUUUUAUAGGCAUAGUACUGGAAAGCCGAAUAAUUACACACAUGCUUAUGAAAUCAGUGAUUUACUAUAAAACCUAUUCAUACUUUAGACACUUUUUUUUUAUCAAAGCAACAAUGUACUAUCUGAAGCUUUUAAAGUUAAUUUUCUCAGAAACAUUUAAUAGUGUUAAAUGUAAGCAUGCAAUAUUGAUAACUGAUGCAAAAGUUGUCUUUCUUCGCCAUCACAUGUUACAGUGUUUUACAAAAUUCAUAACAUGUAUUUGAUAUAAUCAAAACUUCCAUGUCAAGUUAUAUUUCGACAAUUUGAAGGACUAGAGUGGUGGGGAGUUACUGCGUCUGUGUCAUGCAUCUUUGGAAAUUCAUACAGUCACUCUGAUUACAGGCCUAAAUGUUCCCACAUUUUGUUUACAGAGACUAGACAAAUUAAUAUGAUGCCAAGGUCGGCCUUUCAGUUUCUUUGUAACUGUUAAACACUUGUAUAUUUAACUAGUAGCCAGCAUCUGACCACAUAAUUUAGCCCUCCCCACCCCCAUCCAUUCAAAUUGUGUCAUGCAUAUUUUAAUUUGACCCAGUUAUCAGAGCUACCGGAACUGUUAUUCAGCAUGUGAAGUUGUGCACCAGGCGUUUUUAUUGGGAUCUCAAACAGCCAUACCAGAUUUAUGGCCUUCGACUUAGUCAAAAAUAUGCAAGGGCUUAAAACUUGUUGCAUGUAUGUCAAAAAGUGUUUGACCUAGGAUUUUGUUGCAUUACAGGAAUAUUAUUCAGCAAGUGAAGUUGUGCACAUAGGGUGUUGUUAGAUUUCAUUUAGCUAGACCAGUGUUAUGUUCCUUGACUUGGUGAAAAAUACACCUAAAGUGCUUAAAAGUUUAUGUUGCAUGAAAUCAUGUACAGUGACAAGAAAUGGGGUCACUUAAUGGUGGAGAGAAAACUGAACAGAGGAGCUUAAAUUUGUAUUUUCAUUUAGAAAAUAAUUUCAAUCUGUUUUUCUAUAGGCAUCCAUUAUUUAUAUUGUUAACAAAUUCAAGAUUAUUUAUUAACUUUAGUUAACAUAUAUAUUGUGUGUACCAGUUGUUCUUUCAGUUUAUUGAGGGUUCACCUGUGAAUCAGUCUUGAUAACAACUUCUAUUUAUGCCCUUUUAUAUAACAGAAGAAUAAAUGAGCCUUGCCAUGAGAAAACCAACAUAGUGGGUUUGCGACCAGCAUGGAUCCAGACCAGCCUGCGCAUCCGCAUUGUUGGUUUUCUCAUGGCGCGGCUCAAAUAGCUUUGUAUGUUGGUACAUCAGCUGUCAUCAUGCCUUGAACCACUGUACAUUUAUGUUUUACAAAAUUUCUAGUUAACAGUUUCUGUAUAAAAUAUUUAUUCUAGCAUUAAACUGUCGUUCUUGUCACUUUUCCAGGGUGUACAGGAGAGUAAACAUGUGUUAAGAGAGAGAUUCAUGCUCUCAUACUGUUAAAACAUCUUUUUAUAUAUGCACAUUCCUUGUCAUAGUGUUAACAUACUACUGCCCCAAAAUGGAUAAUUUUGUGUUAUUUUGUAGCACUAUGUAUUAGGAAUUAAAAAUCUGUAAUUUCAAGAGGUAGAUAUCUCAAUGCUCUUAAAUUUUAUUAAUCCCCUGCCACAAGUGGUAGGGGAUUAUAGGAAUGGUCUCCAUCCUUCUGUCCAUCCGUUUGUAACAUGAAGGAUUUUCACGAAACUUUAGUGAAAUGAUCACCUCAUCAGGACGAUGUGCAAAUGGUCCGCUCUGUAUCUCCUAAACGCCUUGAAAGAUUUUCAUGAAACUUUAGUCAAAUUAUCACCUCAUCAAGACGAUGUGCAAAUGGUCCGCUCUGUAUCUCCUAAACCCCUUGAAAGAUUUUCAUGAAACUUUAGUCAAAGAUGACCUCAUCAAGACGAUGUGCAGAACUCAUGAGUCAGUCAUGUCGACGCAAGCUCACAGCUCGAAGUCAAAGGUUUGAGCCUUCCAUUUGUGCUCACUCUGUAUCUCCUAAACCUCUUGAAGGAUUUUCAAAUUCAUUGACGACGUCAUACAUGGACUAUAAAAUAUACUUAACAAUGUCAGUGCUUCCUCCCAAUACCAUCAACCCUUUCACUAUCCAGAACAGCGGCGGUGGAUAUAGCUGUCUAUCAGACUGCCUUGUUAAAGUUGGAAAUGCAUGCAAUUCUAUGGAGAAACCCUAACAUGAACUUUUAUUUGUUACGUAAAUAUAGCUGACAGUUGAAAAACUGGCAGUUGUUAACUUGUAAAUAUUUCGUCUGGAUGACCAGUUAUUUUCCAAAUAAAGGUUGGCUAAAAGGGUUGAUUUGUUUAAGUAUUUUUAAAAAUGAUGCUUGAUAUUUUGUGAAUGACUUUUGCAUAAGAAAUGUUACCUGGUCAGUGUGAAAAAAUAAAUAGAAUGUAACAAACAUAUAUUAACACCAAAACUGUUUUAAAAAUCUACACGACUGUUUUAUCAAUAAACUCUGUCAUAUAC